AUGGCGGAGCAGCCGACAACGCGCCGUACCGAAACCAACGGGCCGCUCGUCACCGGUAUCGCCAUUGGUUUCGUGUGCGCUACGGCAGUAUUCAUCGCAGGACGCUUCUACACUCGAGGGGUGCUUCUAAGGUCCCUUGGCAAGGAUGACUGGUGCAUGCUGAUUGCGACGUUCCUCAUGGUUGCUAUCCUCAACUACAACAUGGGAUUGAACGUUGUGAAGCUGGGCUUCCUGUUCCAAUACCGACGCAUCUUCCACGGCGCAGUGAUGCAGAGGAUAUGCUACUGGUUCAUUGUCUACGUCUGCCUCUGGGCAUGUGUGCAGGCUAUCCUCCUGGGGCUCGCAUGCCUCCCCGUCUCCAUCAUCGUCCCCAGCAUGGCCAAGUCCCGCCUCAACACGCUGCCCAUCUGGUACUUCUCCUCGGGGAUGAGCAUGGCGACCGAUAUCCUUAUCUGCUGCAUCCCGAUACCUUCGGUGUUGAAGCUCCAACUCCCUCUGAGGCAGAGAAUCAUGGUGCUCGGCAUUUUCUGCCUCGGCUUCUUCGUCUGCAUCAUCUCCGUCUACCGAAUGCUCACCCUCAAGGCCGGCGUCAUCAGCCAGGACCCGUCCUGGGACAACAUCGGUGUGGCGAUCUGGUCCUGCAUCGAGCUCAACAUCUCCAUCAUCGCAUCCACCCUGCCGACCCUCCGGCCCCUGAUCGCACGCCUCCUGCCGGGCAUCGGCCUCUCCUCCGCCCGCAACGAUCGCACCGCCUACCUCCGCUACGGCUCGGCCUCGGCGGCCAUACGGGCGGGCGCCUGCAAGUCGACGGGGAGCAGGAGCAACAAGAUGAAGAGCAUGAGCACCGAGGAGCUGGCGCUCGAGGAGAUAAGACUGGGUGCCGCUGGGAGCACGCGGUGGGGCAUCUAUGCGCAUGCCUCGGUGGAUCCCUCCACCGACUUUCCGAAGAAGGAGUAUGACGAGAGUCGUAUUGUAAUGACGACGGAAAUAUUAGUCGAUUCCCGCGCGCCGUAG